CUGAGCGGAGAGCCCAGAAAUAACCCCGCGGGCGGCAGGAAAAGCGGUGCCCGGCUGCCCUGGCAUCCCAGCGCGCCCCCGAGGCUGCCGUGGCAGGAUCAGCCCCCAGCCCGGCUGGAGACAUUGCCGAUCAGCGGGAUCGGGGGGAAGGCAUAGAGAAGCUGACCCACCCAGGAUAGGAGGAAGGCAUUGGAGAUGGUGCCCUUGCCCAACCCCCCCAAGAGCAGAAGCGGAGACACCGGUGGUUCUGCCAUGUCACAAACAGGUCCACCUGGGGAGUGCCCCACAUUUGGAAAAUGCUGUGCACCACCUCUGGGUGUAGCAACCACUCGUGCUGAGAGGAGAAGUCUUGGCUCAGGCGAUCCGCUCGAGAGUUCCGGGCGCCUGGCCCAGAGUGUUGCACAUGGACAGAAGUGCUACAGGACCCCGCACCUGCAACCUGGAGCUGCCCUUGACCAGCCAGUUGUCGAGAUAGGGGAAGAUCUGGACCCCGCGGCGUCUGAGGGCCUUGCCAUCAAACGGAAGGUCCUGUAAGGAGUUCUGUGCCUCGCUGGACAGCCCAGACAGCAGGAGCCACGACGUCCUCCUCAUGGACACCGCGGAGGCAUAGACCUUGCAGCCGUAUCUGCGGCAUCUGAAGCUGCCUGAAGGGCCACCAUAGCAGCAGCCAUACCCUCCUCCAGCAGAGCCUUGAACCCCUUUUUUGUCACACUCUUAGAGGGAGUCCUCAAAUUUGGGCAGAGAGCCCCACAAAUUGAACUCCUAUCUCCCCAGUAGGGCUUAGUGGUUCACGACCCUCAGUUGGAAACUUGAGGACGAAUAAACCUUCCGCCCGAAUAGA